GGUUGCAGCCGGUCAUCAAUCACCUCCCCCCGCGGGUUCCCGCGACCCAUAAGAGGACCCGCUCGCCGGCGGCGCAGCGCCGCGAGAAAGGGGGCCGAGAGGAGGCAGCAGCGAAAAAGGAGCAAGCUCGUUGCAUCUGUUGAUGCGCGCGGCCCUUUCUCUCGUUGGUCGAUGCCGUCGCGAAUUCGAAGGUGACAAGGUAGAUAUUUUAUGCGAUCCUCAAAGCGGCUUAUCUACAUUUGCAGUUAAUCUCUCUCGAAUCAUUUUUAUGGAGCUGAGGAUGAAACUGAAUGGCACAAGGCGCAAGUUUUGUUGAAUCAGUGACGAUUAGGUUUCAAAAGUUCUCCUUCUAAGGUUGUUUGUAAGAUGGCUGGCUCACUGUAGGUACGAGGAUUCUCUUUGCUAUAUAGUGUCAACUUCUUCGCGGAUUUACUGAGGCCAAGUAGGCUUCCUUCUUUGGUAGUUUUCUUGAGUGAUGGUGGUCAGAUGUCAGACACUUUGAUCCCCAUGUCGGGGAAUGGGUGUUCCAGUCUCGGACUUACCUCAGGCGACAUGAACCAUAUACCUAACAGCGCUGCGAACUCUUCGGGUCCGAACAUCGGUGCGAAUUCCCUUGUGACGGAUGCCAACUCAGCUCUCUGUGGCGGUCAGUUGCAACGAUGCCCCAGCUUUAGUAACGAAGGAUACACACGGCUUCCUACCUCUCCCAUUUCCUUCUCCUCCAACUUCUCAGGUUCAGUGAUUGAUGGUUGCUCAACUGUGCAGCAAAACCCUUCCCUAGCACAGAUACAAAAGCAAGGGUUGUCAGGAGCAACAUCUCAGCUAACGCAACAGGACCUUGGAAGUUUGAUGAAUGCCCAAAAGAAGCCUCGAGUUGAUGGAAGGCAUGAGGAUGCUUUGCAGCGGCAGUUGAUUCAACAGCUUUUACAGGGACACGAGCCCAUUCAAGCACAAGGUCAGCAGAACAUGCAACUGCAGGCCAUUUUGCAACAGCAGAGAUUAUUGCAGCAGCAGCAACGGCAACGGCAGCAACAGCAGAUAAUCCAAUCCUUCUCUCAUAUGCAAAGAGGCCCUAUGGGAAACCUGCAGCAACAACAUCUGCAGCCCCAGGCUCUUCAAUUAUCUAUUCCUGUUAAACAGACAAUUGAUAAUGGAAUAUGCUACCGUAAGCUUAUGCAAUACUUGUAUCACAAACGACAUCGGCCACAUGACAACACAAUUUUAUACUGGAGGAAGUUUGUAUCCGAGUAUUUUGCACUACAAGCCAAGAAAAGAUGGUGUUUGUCCUUGUAUGAAAAUAUGGGCAAUCAUGCUCUUGGUAUUUUCGCACAGUUGGCUAUUGAUGCAUGGCAAUGUGACAUCUGUGGUUCUAAAUCUGGAAAGGGAUUUGAGGCUACUUUUGAAGUACUUCCUCGACUUUUGCAAAUUAAAUUUGAUGGUGGAGUUAUUGAUGAGAAUUUGUUUCUUGAUAUGCCUCAUGAAUAUCGAUUACCUUCUGGAAUUAUGGUACUGAAGUUUGAAAAAGCUGUUGAAGAGACUGUUUAUGAACAUGUACAUAUUAUUCAUGAAGGACAACUUCGCAUAUUAUUUACACCGGAACUGAAGAUAUUAUUAUGGGAAUUUUGUAGUCGACGACAUGAAGAGUUUCUUUCACGUAGAUUGCUAGCACCUCAGGUUAACCAAUUAUUGCAAGUUGCUCAAAAAUAUCAAGCAACGAUAGCUGGAAAUAAUUCCUCUGUUGUUUCACAUCAAGACUUGCAAGCCAGCUGCAACAUGCUUGCAGCAACAGGUCGUCAGUUAGUAAAAACUUUAGAUUUACAAGCUGUGAAUGACUUGGGAUUCUCCAAAAGAUAUUUCAGAUGUUUGCAGAUAGCUGAGGUUGUGAGCAGCAUGAAAGAUUUGAUUGAUUAUAGUCUGGAGCAGAAGAUUGGAGCAAUAGAUUUUUUUACAGAAAGCUUAAAGAACUACCCCAGGCAGGCAGCAGUUGAGAUCAAGAAAGUAAGGUUGGAAGGAGGACAACUCUCGAAUCAUAGUCUGUCUGGUGAUCCAGGUAGUCUGGAUAAGGAUGUUAAAAUUCCUCCGGGUUUAAACAGCUACAUGAACGACAAUCUAUCAACUAGCCAGAUCGCUAACAGCGAUCAUCAGGGUGUUCAUGCAUUAAACAACUAUCAGAAUGUGCUGAGAAAUACUAUGAAUAUGAAGCAGAAUGUGCUUCAGCAAGAGGCUUCUAGUUCCUUAAGCAAAUCUCUACUUCAGCAAGAGGCUUCCAGCUCUUCAAGUAAAGCUCUGCUUCAGCAAGAGGCUACUACUUCUUUAAGUAAGUCCAGAAAUGCACACCCUAUGCAAUUUCCAGGAUCUGGCUCAUCACAUCCGACAGAUGCGUCUAACAAUAACUUGCCUGGCCAGCAUCAACAACAGCCUCCAUUGGAUGGCUGCCUGCCACUACAAAACAAUUUAAAUGGUCCUCUGGUGAAUCAGCAAAUGCAGCAACAUGUUAUUCAUCAAAUGCUACAAGAGAUGAUGAAUAACAGUAAGGAAACACCACGACAAUCUACGGUUCCUCGUGCGAACACUAACCUGGCAGCUGGAGAUGCCAAUGGGUGUGACACUAUGAGCAUGCCCACCAGGAUAGACACUGGAUCUUUCAGAAAUGCACUUGAGAUGCAAAACCAUGCCACAGCCCUUCAUAAAGAUGGUACAGUUGCAGUUCCAUGCAGGAAUGACAGCUUCAAAUCUGCUGCCACGGCUAGCAUCCCGUCCAUCAGCGGAAACAGUCUUAAUUCGAGGCUCGAGUUGCUAGAGAACUUGGAUUUCGCAGAAGUAGAUCAGAUUGCUCAAGAAUUUAUAGACGGUGGGAUGUUUGAUGGGGAUUCUUGGUGAUGUUUGGCUUCUGUCAUUGGGAAAACACGUAGAAAAUUACUGAUGUGCAAAGUUCAUAAUGUUUUCUGCAUGCUGAUAGGAGCUUAAGGGUAACGGAGAUGUUGUUCGAUAUCGUAUGCAAAUGUCUCUGGUUGAGGCUCUUUAACAGGAGAUGUUGAGGUUUGUUCUUAAAACUUGUUUUUUUUUGGCAGAUUGCUGAUAGUAUUGAUAUUUUUCUUGUUUGAGGUUUUCGUAUCGUCUGUUUUUAACCUGCCUAAUAAUUAACUACCAACUUCAGAAUUUCUCUC